CCAACAUAAAUAUCUGGAAAUAUCCUGUCAGUUUUCACCCAAGACUUUCCAGCAAAGCAUAUCCUUCCGAUCAAAUCGAGUUUACAAUCUGAUAAUUCUCAAAGCAAGUGUAUUCCACAAUGUCGCGACACCAGAAUUUGCGCAACCUGGAUCUGGACGACGAACUGGAUGAUUUCGAUGGUGGUGAAGACUACGAGUACGAUGGACUCGGAGACGGUGCAGAAGAGCUUAGUGAAGAAGAUCAAGAAAACAUGAGAGUAGGAACGAUAGCCGUCCGAGAAGAACUGCCUCCGCAAGCAAGUCAUGUCACAGACAAGCAAAUACGAGAAGCUUUGUGGCACUACUACUACGACAUCGAGAAAUCUGUUGGAUACCUAGUCAGCACGUACGCCGCCAAACCGAAGGCCCAAAAGAAGUCAAAGGCACAAGAAGUCAAGAAGAUACCAGUGGACGAGAUAUGCUCCAAGCCUUUUUCCUUCGCGGACUUCUUCAAGGAUACUCCAUGGUUGAACGUUCCGAUCGAGCGACAAGCAAUUUUGAUACCACCGCUCUGCCCUAAGGGUGGCCUGCUUGGCGGUUCCUCCGAUGGAGCGCCAAAGAUAUCCAAACUUCAAGCUCUUGCAGCUGCAAGGAAGAAGAAGGCCCUGGAGCAGAAGUCGAGCAAUACUGGAAUUGAGCAACCCAUGGCAAGCCUCUCACUUGACCAGAGCGCCUCCGGCAGCUCUUCAGAAAAGACAACCACAGGCUCCUCGUCUACUACGACGUUUGGUACACGUGCCUUUCCCAUUCGGAAACGCAAAGAUUCGAAUCCGCACGAGAAAGUCCCCAAAGCACCGCAUGAUAGGGAGCCCGAUCUACCCCCUGCUGAUGUGCAGAUGGAAAUGGAACCAAUUGAUCAAGCUGAGCCAUCGGCCUUCGCCAAUACUAUGUUCAGCAACGCAUCUUCACCACCACCAAGGCGCUUCGAGAGCUUCUUCACGCUCCCAUACAUGAAUGCUGCUACUCCAACAUCCACUGACCCGUUCGCAGGACCUAGUCCAGAUGAUGUUGUCAUUGCAGCACAGGCGAAAGCGGCUGGAAAGGGUGGCAAAGGCCCACCAAAGACUAAUGGUCAGAAAAAAGUCGAUCAAAUUGCCAACGGUGUUGAGGCUUUGAAAGUCGAUGACACUCCCAAAGCCACCAGCAAGAAUCUUGACGUUCUAGCUGAAUUCAAAAAAUCAAAGUCGAAGAAUGCAGCAAAUUUUGUCGUUAUUGGCCAUGUCGAUGCGGGCAAAAGCACGUUAAUGGGACGAUUGUUAUACGACCUUAAAGUUGUAGAUCAGAGAACCAUCGAUCGCUAUCGAAAAGAGGCAGAGAGUAUGGGCAAAUCUUCAUUCGCGCUAGCAUGGGUUCUGGACCAGGGCUUCGAAGAACGAAGUCGCGGCGUGACGAUUGAUAUCGCCAUGAACAAAUUCGAGACAGAGAAGACAUCUUUCACUAUCCUGGACGCUCCGGGUCAUCGAGACUUCAUCCCGAACAUGAUUGCAGGAGCUGCUCAAGCAGAUUUUGCAGUUCUCGUCAUCGAUGCAAGCACAGGCUCAUUCGAAUCCGGAUUGAAAGGCCAAACGAAAGAACACGCUCUGCUUGUGAGAAGUAUGGGUGUUCAGAGGAUCAUCAUUGUGGUUAAUAAGCUCGAUACGGUCAACUGGUCGGAAGAACGAUUCAUGGAAAUCCAACAUCAAGUGUCGUCAUUCCUUACAACUGCCGGAUUCCAAGCAAAGAACAUAGCUUUCAUUCCCUGCUCUGGGUUACUCGGAGACAACAUUGCUCGUCGAUCAACGGAAGCCGCAGCAUCAUGGUACACAGGCCCGACCCUCAUCGAAGAACUAGACAAUUCGGAGCCAAUAGCCAGAGCACUCGACAAACCUCUCCGCUUAACGAUCGGCGAUAUUUUCCGCGGCGGAGUCCAGAACCCACUUUCCAUCAGCGGCAGAAUCGAAGCAGGAAGUCUCCAAACAGGAGACGCACUACUCGCCCAACCAGCCGGCCAAAAAUGCUUCAUCAAAGGCCUCGAAAUCGACAGCGAGCCUGUAGACUGGGCCAUCGCCGGCCAAAACGUCACAGUCCACCUCUCCGGCAUCGAGGAACAAUACCUCAAGAUCGGAGACGUACUUUCCAGCCCCUCGAGCCCGAUCCAGAAUAUCAAGCAGUUCACGGCAAAGGUGCUCGCGUUCGAGUUCUUGACGCCGAUGCAGGUCGAUGUUCAUAGAGGCCGACUACACGCUCCGGGGACUAUCAAGGAGAUUGUCGCGGUGUUGGAUAAGGGGACGGGGACAGCGGUGGGAGGGAAGAAGAAACCGCGGAUUGUGAAGCCGGGGCAGGUUGUUAGGGUGGUGGUUGAGUUGGAUGUCGUGGUGCCGCUGGAGGCGCCGGCGAGGGUGGUGUUGAGGAGUAAUGGGGAGACGGUUGCUGCUGGUUUGUUAGAGUGAGUAGAUGGAGGAAAUGGGAUUCGGGCAUAGCGUGGGGUUGGGAGCAUUGCAUUGCAUUUGAUUUGUGAGAAAUACGGGUCAUGCAUCAUAGAAAUGAAGGUCAUUUCU